AGUAAGCCGCCAGAAAAUGCCGUCAAAAUAGUGGACGUUCAAUUGGCUUAUGGCAAACACCAGGUGCUUACCGGUAUUAACAUGACUGUGCCGGCUAGAAAAAUAUAUGGACUUCUUGGACCCAGUGGUUGUGGUAAAACAUCAUUAUUGCGCUGUGUGGUCGGCAUACGAGCACCCGAUAGUGGACGCAUAACGGUGUUCGGUAAAGUUCCCGGUCGACCAGACAGUGGUAUACCGGGACCAGGACUCGGUUAUAUGCCACAAGAGAUCGCAUUGUUUACUGAUUUUUCAAUUUACGAAACAUUUCAAUAUUUUGGACGAUUAUAUGAAAUUGAUUUAUCAAAAGUUAACGAAAGGACUGACCAAUUGAUAUCAUUGUUGAAUUUGCCGAAUAAACACACGUUUAUUAAAAGAUUAAGUGGCGGACAAAAACGGCGGGUGUCGCUAGCCAUGGCACUCAUUCAUUCACCACCGUUGCUCAUAUUGGAUGAGCCUACAGUAGGUGUGGAUCCAGUACUCCGUCAAAGUAUAUGGUCACACAUGGAGAUGCUGUGCCGUGAGUUAGGCCUCACAAUAAUCAUAACCACCCAAUACAUUGAAGAGGCGCGCAGUGCUGACAUUGUGUCGUUCAUGAGAAACGGUAAACUACUGAUGGAAAGAAAUCCCAUACAACUGUUGAAUGCUAUGAAUCUGCCGUCACUGGAGUCGGUAUUUCUCAAACUAUGCCAAAUUGAGUCCCACGACAAUGACAACAAUAAUGGUUCAAUUGGUACUACUACUACUACUACUGGCGACAAUCUGGACUCAGUGGUCAGUACCGGUGCCGACAAUAGUAUAGCCGUUUACGAUAGCAAUGCACUUGAACUAAAGGUGCGCACAGAUAGCAAUCUUUCGCCAAACAUUGAUAGCAUCAAUCAUAGAAUUAGCCGUACAGUUAGGGCAACACCCGUACAACAGUUGACUAAUAAAUCAAGAUUUGGCUUUUUUCGUCGGGUGUCGGCAUUGAACUGGAAAAACAUAACCGGUAUUCGCCGCAACCUAUCGAUGCUUGUCAUACAGUUUCUUAUGCCAUCGUUUCAAUGUCUGUUAAACUUUACAUGUCUGGGUCCCGAUCCCUAUGAUCUGCCGAUUGCUGUCUAUAAUCCCGAUUCACCGGCCGUUAUGAGCGCUUUGUUUCUCCGUUCACUCAGUAAUGUCACAUUUAAUUUGAUACCGUUUGAUACGUUAGACGCAGCACUUGAUCGGGUACGGGAAGGCAACGCCUGGGCAGUCAUAUCGUUUGCCGCCAACUAUAGCCGACAGAUGCAGACAUUGGCCUACGAAGACUCGGCCGUCGAGUCGAUACCGAAAAUUGGUCUCUAUUUGGAUACCACUAACUAUGUGAUCAGUAAUACCAUACAAAAGGAACUGUAUCUAACUUAUAACAGAACAGCCCUAAUGAUGGCCGAGUUGGCCGGCGCUAAUAUAUCGGCUGAUGGAUUGCCUAAUCCAAUAGCCAUAGAGGGUAUUGUUUACGGCGUAGAGUCACCACAAAUGACAGAGUUUAUGGCACCGGGUCUUAUAUCGAUGGCCAUAUUUUUUGCCGCAAUGGCACUGACAGCCAUAACACUGGUAUUGGAGCGUAAAGACGGUGUGUUUGAGCGGACACUAGUGGCCGGUGUCAAGACAUUUGAGUUUAUAGUAUCACAGAUCAGCACACAGCUCAUUGUGCUGGCCGUACAGGUGCUGCUCAGUAUAAUCACUAUGUUUUACAUAUUGAACAUCGACAGCAAAGGAUCCAUUGGACUGGUAUACGCUAUAACAUUAAUACAGGGAAUGUGCGGUAUGGCACUGGGACUUGUGGUGUCGGCAUUUAGCGAAAAUGAAAGCCAAGCCCUGGCAAUGUCUAUGGCCUCAUUCCUUCCGGUGUCCAUUAUAUCUGGUAUUUUUUGGCCCGUAGAAGCUAUGCCGUCAUUUAUGAAACCGAUUAGCUAUUUUGGACCGCAAACACUAGCACUGGACAGUAUGCGGUACGUCAUAUCGCGCGGUUGGGAUAUCUACUACUUGUCAGUGAUAUAUGGAUUAGUUGCGCCCGCCGUUUGGUUUGUAUUGUUAGUUAUAAUAGCGGCCAUCGGUUUUCAUAAUAUAUCUUUUCGAUGA